UUAUAUGAAGCAAUGCUCGCUGCGCGCACACCUGAUCAGAUCUGAUCUCGCUCGCACACGAAGAUCUGAGUCCUGAAGGACGCCAGACUUCAACAUCACAUCGCGAUGAGAUAAAUUCACCCCAAUUAAGACAGAAGAACAAAAGUUUUCUCUCAGAAACGGAGUUUUCCGCUUUAUUUCUCAGUUUUACCUCAGUUUGGCUGGAGUCCUGAUCUCUUCUAUUGGGAGACAUCACUCGCACUGGAGGAAGGAACCUAAUGCCUCAGAAAUGUGAAACUAUCAGUUACUGGAACCCCACCCCUUAUCGGGAACCACGGUUACGAGCCUCCAAUACACCAUCAGUCCGGAGGUUUGCCACCAUGCACCUUAAGCCAUAUCCCAAACCACAAGACAAAGAGAUUCAUCGGGAGUCUGUGCACGAUGCAACACGGGGCCUCCAUGCCGACCAGCAGGGAGUGCCCGGGAAAGAGUGUGGCAUUCGUCAGGUCUGUGGUUUCAUGGGUUCAUCUGGCAAAGGUACAGCCAACCGGUGCCCCCUCAGCAUCAUCUCCAACAAUGCCCUUCGAUGUAGCAACAGCAAUAACACACAUAGUGUAAGCAAAAUAUCAACUAAACGUGGCACCCGCAAGAGCAAAUCACCCUCCGUUACAACGUUUACUAGUUCUUUAGUUCUGCUCUCAUCUUCAAAUGGUUUGGAAAAUGAGGGCUCACUUGAGAUCUACCAAGACGAGGAUGCAGAGGGAUCUUUGGACGUAUGGGCUGUCAUUAAACCUGGAAACACAAAAGAGAAAAUUGCCAUUUUUGCAGAGCAAAAGUGUAGCGUUAGUGAAAUUGACAACAUCUCUGAAAAAGAAGCCAUUGCCCCAGAGUUACGGACUGUUUCUAUGAAAAACAAAGGCAGCUGGGAUGGUGAUUGGACUGUGGCUAAGCGUAGGAGAAGGUCUGGAAACCCAGAUAAGCCAAAAAAUGUUGAAUCUCCAGCCCCAAAACCUGAUAUACAAAGAACAUCUCAAUGCGGGGUCCCAGACGAGGAUGUCAAUCCUUGCCAGGUAAUGGUAAUGGCAGAGGGAGCGGAGGCUGAAAAGACCAUCCCUGUUGUGGAGAUGGUGGCAUACUUUGAACAAAGAGUUAAUGACCAGCUGGUGGGCUCCAAACCCCCAUCCUUGCGUAGCACCAAUACUAUUACUCUGUCAAAAGUUGGGUCCACCCCUCAGCCUGCAGAACAACUGGAAAUUCAAGAGGAAAAUGGUGAAUCUGUGCAGGUUCUAGAUAUGGUGGCCAAGUUGGAAUCUCAGGGCCUGAGCAGACAAGGCCUCCCGGACGGUGGAAAUCUCUCUCGAAACAACAGCUUAAGACGGAAGGUGGGUCGUGUGCUUCUGGCAGGUCCGGAACCUUAUUCACUGCCUUCUCACUCAGUAGCUCCUACUGUUGCUCAGGAUAGUACAGUUCAAAGUGAUCCACAAGAACUGGGUAGUGUUUUGGACAAACUGAGUUCCCCAUCCAAGGCCCCUGAGUUGGCAACAACGGAGACCACCACCCUUCAGAAGGAUGAAGAUUCUUUAGUCGCAGUACAGCAGAGUAGCCUAGAAGUUGAGACCACAAACAACCUGCAGUCCUCAACAACACAUGUCAGCUUAUGUGGAACUAAAGAACCAUCCCCAGGCGUGUUGUUUUUUGCCCGAUCUCUUCCUCAGCCUCUAAAGGACCAACACAAGCCCUCCUCACCAGAGUAUACAACACUGAACAAAGAACUUUCUCUUGAUGAGAGUAACCCUUCUGUGGAGACUGUAUUGCCAUUCAGAGAGGACAGUACGGAUGGACUUGAGGCUAAACAAAACCAUCAGAAAGUUAUAGAGACUGAAAAUGAAGUGACCAGUGUGGUAAGUCGAGAGUCUGUGCCUUUUCCCUUACCCCGUCUAGUGUCUCAUGAAUUCCUAGAAACUCGCUUUAAGAUCCAGCUGCUUUUGGAGCCUCAGCAGUACAUGGCUUUCCUACCCCACCACAUCAUUGUAAAGAUUUUCUGCUUGCUGCCUACUGAAAGCCUGGCUGCCCUUAAGUGCACGUGCCAUUACUUUAAAUUUAUCAUUGAGAGUUAUGGCAUAAGGCCAGCAGACUCUCGAUGGGUAAGUGAUCCACGCUACAAAGAUGAUCCAUGCAAGCAGUGCAAGAAGCGCUACAAUCACGGUGACGUCUCGCUCUGCCGCUGGCAUCAUAAGCCCUACUGCCAGUCACUUCCCUACGGCCCGGGUUAUUGGAUGUGCUGCCGGGGAGCUCACAAAGACACACCUGGUUGCAAUGUGGGACUCCAUGAUAAUCGCUGGGUCCCUGAUUUUUAUAGCAUCAACAUGCCAAUUUACAAGAAAAGCAGAGACACGGAUGAGGAAUCGUAAAUGAAUUUUGUAUGCAUGAGUUGCUAGUGUGAAUGAGCUGUGUUUCCUGUGUGUUGCCACUGAGCAUGUGCGCUUUUUGAUGUAUAGUGCUUAACUAGGUUGCUGAAAAGAAAUUGCUGGAUAUCUGUACUCUUAUUCUGCCAACCAAUCACCAACUCUCCUAAUGGAUACCUUCUCAGGUCCUUGAUGUUGGUCUGCACUUUAACCCUUUAAGAUUACGUUUUGCAGAUCUGGGUACUGCUUGAUGACCUUACUUUGCAUAAGCAUUAUUGACUUAACUCGAAACAUCGAACUUUUCAGUUCUUGAUAACGCACCUCUGCUUUAUUUUCUUGCACUGAUGUUACCUUGCAAAAAUAAACGUUAAUGAGCAUUACAGUUGUAUGUAUCUCCCUGCAUACUUGCAUACGUGACUAAUUCACUGGUGAUGGUGGAAAUCUUGUAGCGAGAAUGCAACAAUGCUUCUGUUCCCUAUUUCCUAAAACCAUCUCCGAUUACUGCUUACAAGUCUUGGGAUAUUAGGGAGCACGAUGGCUAAUGACUGGUUGGGUUUGAGAUUAUUUGAAGCCCAGAUGUUUACAUUUGUACAUAACAAAGAAUCCUAUAUAUAUAUAUAUAAAUAUAUCAUAACAGGGUGAUGAAUGAUGGCACGAGUGUGACAGGAAAAUGCAUUUAAUCUUAAUGUGGGGAUAAACGCCUUGUUUUUAUUCUAACUUGUGUAUAUAAAUAUCUAUGUUAAAUGGUCGCUCUUGUUCUACAUCGGGACUGGAUGUUCAACCCCUGUAAACAGGUAGUGCAUAUUCUUCUAAAAAUUUUAAGUGUUUAUUUCCUUGUAUGAUGUACUGUUUCUCAACGGGAAACAUUUGAUUUGUGGGAAGAGAGUUUCUCCAUCUUGACCGUGAACACCAUCUGAAAAAAGACAAAUUUCUUUGCAAUGUUUUCCAAAGUGUGUCAGAUUUUUAAAGAUUAUUAUUAUUGUUAUUGUUAAUUAUCUUGCUGUGCUCUGCCUGUUAAGGCAUUUUACUUCAAUAAAGUGUAUCUUGGAGGGUUUGUAAGCUGA